AUGGCGCUGGGGUCUGCGCCCAGCCCACCUGCCUCCCGCCUCCUCCGAUGGACUCACCACGCCCUUCGCGCCGUGACCUGUGUGGCCACGGUCCCGGAGGUGGCCUUCUCCGCCGACAACCACCGACAACCGCCCUGCCUGCCUCCCUGCUCCCGGUUGCGUCAUGGGGAUGGGCGCGGGCAGGACUGGAACCUCAGCGAGCUGGGGCUGCAAACACUUUGCCAGAACUAUCUGUCGGUGUUAAAUGAGAUGAUCGACGUGAACGUGGGCGCGGCGGGGAAGACCCAGGCAACCCCGGAACCCGCCCGUCGCUGCUCCAACCGGCUCCGGGCCGCCCGCUGUGCCCGCUGCCGCUGCACCUUCACCCCCACAUCCCUGUGGCGCCGUUAUCAGCUGCCACGGGUUCCCGUGACCCAGAACGAAAGGACCCGCAUCUGGGUCACCGGGAGCCAGAGGCAGCCGGUCCUCUUCAACCAGAAGUACCGGCUGCAGGGCCGGGAGGUGUGCGAGCCCCGGUACCUGGAGGUCUCGGACCCGCUCCGCUGGAAGCUGCUGCUGCUGGGCCUGCAGCUGCUGUCGGGCUUCUUCAUCCCCCUGCUGUUCAUGACGUUCUGCUACCUGUUCAUUGUCAGGACCCUGCUGCAGGCCCAGAACUCCAAGCGGCACAAGGCCAUCCGCGUGGUCGUGGCCGUGGUCCUCGCGUUCCUGGCCUGUCAGGUCCCGCACAACGUGGUGCUGCUGGUGACGGCCGUGAACCUGGGCAGGGUGGGCCGGUCCUGCCAGGCCGAGAAGGCGCUGGGCUACCUGGAGACGGGCACCGAGGUGCUGGCCUUCCUGCACUGCUGCCUCAACCCCGUGCUCUACGCCUUCGUGGGCCAGAAGUUCCGCAGCUACUUCCUGAAGAUCGCCAAGGACCUGCUGUGCGUGGGGCGGCGGCGCGCGUCGCAGCUCACGGGCCACGUCUGGGCCAGCCCACCCGUGCGUGUGAUUGUCCACGACCACUUCCAAGUCGUGCGGCAGAGCCGGCCGGCGUGGCUCAGGGGUUGA